UUGACUUGCCCUCUAAUUUUCCCCUUUGCUUUCUAUUUCUCAUGACAGCGACAAGCUAUGGGUUACAUCCCAUAGUGCUUGCCCUGUUGUCCUUCGGAGAACACUGGUGGGGCAGGAAGGAAAGAUAUGCAGAUGUAGUAAUCAUCAGAUUCCAUAUGUAUCAGACCUGGAGUAUGAUCAUCUUAUUAACAACCAGAUGUCUGCCCUGGAACAAAUCAUGGUGAUCUGUGUGUCUUCUUCAUUGAAAACAAAUGGGGAUCCAAGUGAAGACAAAUUAGAGCAGCUCCACGAGAGGAAGAACAGGAACAGAAGUAUGCCAUGUAUUCAGGGUCGCCUGGACUCCUAUCGUCUCCUCAAAUAUGACGUCACCUCUGCAGAUGAAUUUACAGGUCAUAAAGGUUCAUUACUGGUGCAAAGGCAUAAUGUUGCUCCGGGCAUGUUUUUGAUGUACAUUCAGGGAAAGCUGCUCUUUGCCAAUUAUAUUUUCAAUGGAUAUAGCAAGUCAGCUAAAGACCUUCAGAAACAAAUAGCAAAGACCAGGAGUGACUACCAUAUGGGCUACUGUCUACCCAACGAUUUCAGAUUCAGUGAUGGAGUAGGAGAAAACUGAUGGAGCGUCAAUCAUCACACAGCCAGUAAGAUUUAGGAAAUCAGUCAAUUGCCAGGUGGAUCUCAUCUGGGAACUGGCAAAUUAUAGGGUUUGUGGACAGUCACUAAGGAGGACGUGAAGAAGGGAGUGUUUCUGGUUUCUGCAUGGAGAGGUUGGGUCAGGAUCAAUGGCUUCUCUACAGCAAGUUACUGCAUGGCAAAUCAGGAUGUGAAUAUAGAGUGCACCAGCUGCACUACUGCACAAUGAAAGCCCUAGAGUGUGGCAUGGCUUACAACGCUUUCAAGGAGUAAUACAGCAAGCUCCACUAUGGGAUUUUCACUGUGCUGUAGCAGUGUCCACACAGGACAUUAUUGCUCGGCAGCUUCUGCACUGUACUGGCUUGCUAGGCAGUAAAAUGCUGUGUAGACAAGCCCCAAGUUCUGCUUCCCCAUCUCUGAUACCCAUAUAUUUACUGUUACUAAACUUGUAAAUUCAGUGUGUGUACAGUAAUGGAUCAUACACAAUAUGUGAUGGUAUGUUAUUGUUCAUCAGAGAUCAGAUCCGGGGUCUUAAAUGUUCAGCUAGUAUUUAAAUAAGUGUAGUUCGGCAUUCAUAGAGUAUAUUAGACCAGGUGGCAAUCGCUGAAGAUCAAGCUAGGUUUUAUUUUGAUUCAACAACUUCUUGUUUUGCAUAGCAACGAAAAACAUUUAUCAAAGAAAUCCUGUUGAAUAUGAAUACUUUUUUUCCUCCACCAAGCCAAAUAUUUUCUUUCAUUUCAUCUCAUCGCAGCAGCUAGACAUAUGGGAAAAGACAGACAACUAGUCCUCAUUACAAUGGGAAAAUAAAGUUCAGUAGUUCAGAAGUUUGUUGACUUGCUUAUUUGCAAAGAAAUUAACAAAACUGUGACCCAAUUCUGCUAUUCACGUCCAUCCAAAAUGUCCACUGAAAUCAAUAAAGCAUUGGGUGUGCAAGGAACACAGGCAUAGGGUUCAGUUUGGAAACUCAAUAAAACCAGUUAGUCUUGACCUAGUCCAUCAGUAUUUCCCUUUACAUGUGGAUUAGUUGAUUUCAAGUCUGUAGUGAGGAGUAGGAACGAUUUAUCAGGAGCUCAAUUAUCUUAUUACUGUCACACCAAUAGAGGGCUUGGCAAUUACUGAUAUUGCUUAUUAUUGUUAAAAAUUGUACAUUGUUUAUAAUUCACCAAACCCACAUCCAUUAGUGUUUGGUUUUUCACUUUAUUAUGUUAUGUAAAAUAAAAAAAUGGUGUUCAUCAACAAUAAAUAUUUCUAUCAGAUAUCUGUCUAUAUUCAAAUGUUUAUUUGCUACUAGAUCUGUAAAAUUUACGGGCAUAAUUUAGAUGGGCUAUCAUAUUACAAUCAAAUCUAGAAAAGUGAGUUUUGCCUUUAGGAUUCCUUCUAGCUGGGUCUGGUCAAGAAGAAAUAACUUCGACAUUGUUUAACCAUACAUAACUACGUACUCCUCCAAAACUUUAUGAUGGCAUUCAUUUUAAAUGGGAUAAGGAAAACGUAUUUACUGUCAAUUCUACUCACUGCAAAGAA